AUGGCGGAGCAGGAGGCGGAUGUGGAGGCCCUGGCGCGCGGCGGUUUCCGCUGCCGUCUGUGCCACGUGAACACGGCCAACCGUCCCAGCCUCGAUGCCCACCUGGGCGGGCGGAAGCACCGUCGGCUGGAGGGGCUCCGCGCUAGCCGCCAGUCGCAGGGCCUGCGCAGCGUGUUUGUCAGCGGUUUCCCCAGGGGCACGGACCCCUCCCGCCUGUCCCGCUACUUCCAGACCUUUGGGCCCGUCGCCGGCAUUGUCAUGGACAAGGACAAGGGCGUAUUUGCCAUCGUGGAGCUGGGCGACGUGGCAACCAGGGAAGCCGUCCUGUCCCGGCCCCAGCACCUCCUGGAAGGCCACCGGCUCCGGGUGCGGCCCCGGGAGCAGAAGGAAUUCCGGGCCCUGGCGCCCGGCUCCCUCAGGGGGAGGCCGCCGGAUAGCCAGCGGCUCGGCCGGGCCCUGGCCGAGGCCCCGGAUGUGGGAGCCCAGAUGGGGAGACUGGUGGAGCUGUGGGAGCUCUCCGGGCCCGAGCGCCAGCUGCGGGAGCUCGUCGUGGCGCUGAUGCAGGAAGUCUUCACGGAAUUCUUCCCCGGCUGCGUGGUCCGACCCUUCGGCUCCUUCACGAACGGCUUUGACGUCCACGGCUGUGACCUUGACAUCUUUCUGGACCUGGGAGACUUAGAGGAGGAGCAGGAUCUGAAGGCCCCAGACUCUCCGGGCCCGGACUCCGCCCUGGCCUCUCCGCUGGACGCUCAGAUCCUGGCGUCCGCCUCGGCCUCGCCCCCGGCGUCUCCCGGAGAGGCCGAGCCUCCGGCCUGCUCCUCCGUCGGCCCCCGGACCCCGGACUCCGCCCUGGCCUCGGAGACCCCCGCCUCCCCGCAGUCCUCCCCGUCCGGCUCCCCUCCGCCGGGGCAGAAGGCCGGGGGGCCGGCGGAGGCCGCCCGGGGGGAGCGGGGCCGGGAGGCGGCCACGCUGGAGCUGGUGGGCUCCAUCCUCAGGGGCUGCGUCCCCGGCGUGCACCGGGUCCGCCCCGUGCCCUCGGCCCGGCGCCCCGUCGUCAAGUUCUGCCACCGGCCCUCCGGCCUGCAUGGGGACGUCUCCCUCAGCAACCGGCUGGCCCUGUACAACUCCAAGUACUUGCGACUGUGCUCCCAACUGGAUGGUCGGGUGCGACCCCUCGUCUAUUCUGUGCGCUGCUGGGCCCAGGGCCGGGGGCUGACAGGCGAGGGGGAGCAGGUAGAGGUCGACGGCUGGGACUGUUCAUUCCCUCAGGAUGCUUCCCGGAUGGAGCCCAGCACCAACGUGGAGAGCGUCAGCUCCCUCCUGUCCCAGUUCUUCUCGUGCGUGUCCGCCUGGGAUCUGCGAGGCUCCGUGCUGUCCCUGCGGGAAGGCCGGGCGCUGGCCGUGGCCGGAGGCCUGCCCCCCGGGCUGUGGGGGGGCCUGCGCCUCGGCCCCCUCAACAUCCAAGACCCCUUCGACCUCAGCCACAACGUGGCCGCCAACGUGAGCGGCCGGGUGGCCGGGCGGCUGCGGGGCUGCUGCCGCGAGGCGGCCGGCUACUGCCGCGGCCUCCGCUUCCGCCGCCGCCCGGCCCGGGGCCGGGACUGGGGGCUGCUCCCCCUCCUGCAGCCCGGGGCCCGCGACCCCCCGUCGGCCACCCCCAUCCCGCUGCCCGCCGGCCCCUCCUCCGGGCACGUGGCCGCCGCCGUGGCCCGGGUGCUGCGGGACGCCUUGGGGUGCCGGCCCGGGCCGGGGGGCGAGAGGCGGCGGGCCGGGGAAGAGGGGCCGCAACCGCAGGGAGGAGAAAGCAAGAGGGCGAGGCUCGACGGGCACGACGAGGAGCCGAAAUCUCCCGCACGUGCGGGGCAGCCGGCCGGGGAGAUGGCUCCGGAGCCCGUCGCCGCCGCCGCCGCCAAGGAAGGGCGGCCACGGGAGCCGGCCCCCGGGGUCGGGGGUCAGCCCGCCCCGGCCCACCCCGAGCCCGGCGGAGGGUCCGGAGAGGAGGAGGGCGAGGAGACCCCCGCUCCGUCCGCGGCCACCCGGCGUUGGGCCCUUCACCACCCGGUGUGGCAGGGGCGGCGGCGGGCGCGGCGCCGGUUGAGGGAGGAGGCCGGGCCCGGCUGGCUGGAGGCCGAGGCCCUGGUCACCCGACAGCUGAGGCUGCGGGAGCCGGGGGGGGCCCGGCCCGAGACCGACCCCCUCCUGACGUUCACCGCCUCGGUCUCCCCGUCCGGCCUGGCCCUGAGCCCCGGCCACGAUCCCCAGGGCCUGUUCCCCGACCUCCACCAUUUCCUGCGGAGUUUCCUACCUCAGGCCCUGAGACACCUCCUCCGGGAUGGGCCUGGAGAAUAAAAAUGUGCGGAUUUGUUUCUUUUUUUA